AUGCACGCUCGUUUCAUCCGCUCGUCUGCCAUCUGGCUAUGCUGGUCUGUAAUCUCUGUAGCAGGGGCGAGGCCGCCUGUGGACGUCAACUUCCCUUCGAACCCGCCCGCGAGUUCCGCUGUCAAUGUAGUUUAUGACAAUUUCUUGGGAAUCUCCUUCGAGCUCAGUUCUUUCAACACAUUAUGGGGCGAGUCAAACACCACCAUACCUCCCGCCAUCCUCAAUUACCUCCACAACAUCCGGUCUAGGUUAGCCGAUUCCUCCCCGCUGCGUAUACGGGUGGGAGGUAACUCGAUGGACGAGUCUACCUACCUGGCCGACCAGUCUCAGAUGCUUACGUUCCCGAACCCGGACGCACCUUCGAACAACAUCCCGACCAAUUUCGGGCCGAAGCUGUGGGAGGUCCUGAACGCCGUGCAGAAGAAAGUCGGCGGGAUGACGUUUCUGGUAGGCUUGAGCAUGCGAGAGGACCUGCCGAGCUGGGGAGAGGGGAACGUGAUCGAGGUGGCUGAGGCCGCCUACAAGGCACUUGGUAGCUCGUUGGAUGGUUUCCUCCUCGGUAAUGAACCAGACCUCUACUCUGGCCAUGGGAAUAUUCCGGGUUACAAUAUCUCGCUUUAUAUUAACGACGUCGGCACGAUCCUUGACGGACUUCGUAAUACGCCGUCGGGCAACCUGAUACAAUCCCCUUUAGUCGGAGGCCCGACUGUUUGUUGCGGAUGGAAUUUAACGGACGUCAUCCACGCUGGUCUCGGAGACAUGAAUUACAAAUAUUAUUCAAUGCAGCAUUACCCGACGCACAUCUGCGGCGGCGAGAACGAAAAGAACACAAACAUCUCGUAUUUCCUGGACCACUCCAACCUGGAUACGUUCGUAAGCUGGAACAAGGAGGGCAUCAACCUGGCCAAGGCAACAGGCGUCCCCAUGCUCCUCACAGAAAUGAACACCGUCUCCUGCGGGGGCUCCAACAUCUCGAAUACGUUCGCCGCGUCCCUUUGGGUCAUCGACGCCGCACUGAAACACGCCGCGUCCAACUUCUCCGCGGUGUACCUCCACACGCGCGAGUACGACGUGCGGUACAACCUGUUCGACCCGCCGAGCGCGCCACAGGACCUCAAGAACCUGAACAUCUCGUCCAACGCGACGUCGAACCGACCUGGGUGGCGCACGGGCUCUCCCUACUACGCGGAGCUCGUGCUCGCAGAGACGCUCAGCGCCUCCGGGAGCGUCGUCGUCGACCUGAACCUGAACGCGUCGGAGACGGUCUCGGGGGCGAGCGUGGCUGCGUACGGGGUGUACGACGACGGCGGUUCCGCGCGGGGGAAGCUCGUGCUAUUCAACUUUGCGGACGACGCGGGGCAGAACGAGACGUUCCGCAUCCCCGGCGGGCUCAAGUCGACCGCGGAGGUGCGCUACCUGCUCGCGCCGUCCGUGCGCGAGCGGACGGAUAUCAGCUGGGCGGGGCAGACGGUGGGGGCGGUGGGGGACCUACAGGGCGAGCAGGUGACGGCGCAGGUGGACUGCUGGGACGGGUGCGAGGUGCAGGUGCCCGGGCCGGGGCUCGCGGUGGUCUGGGUGGGCGAUGAUAAUAUUUGGACGGGCAAUUCGACCCUGCCGGAUUUCGUGGUAAAUGGGGUGGGGAGGAUGGGGGUGGAUGCGAGGCAUGUCCUCGUUGUGUUUUCUGUUUUGUGGAUUAUUCUCGUGUAGACUCGGGACUUUGGCUUAAGUGUAGGUAUUGGAUGGGUCGUAGAGUUAUAAUUUCUAAUGUUACAGGAUCAUAGUUUGGGUAGUCUAGGAGUAGAAGUAGACUUGCGAAGACGCCGGUAUUACAUGGAGCGAUGCCUACAGCGGCAUCGUCAACCUCAGCACAUGG